AUACGCAAACUUGCAUUUUACAUAGAAAAAAGAAUAAAACAUUAAUUAUUUCAGAUUAAGUAUUAAUGAUGAGCGCUGAGGGGAGUCAUGAAAUUCAAGUCCGAUACCCUGCACCGGUGUUUAAAGGGACUGCUGUGAUGCCUGACGGAAGUUUUCAGGACAUAUCACUAAGUGAUUUUAAAGGGUCUUAUGUUGUACUUUAUUUUUAUCCUCUAAACUUUACAUUUGUUUGUCCAUCGGAAAUCCUUGCUUUUGAUGCUAUUGUAAAUGAGCUAAAAGCACGAAAUACCGUUUUGAUAGGAUGCUCAGUUGAUUCCCAUUUUUCUCAUAAUGCAUGGAGAAAUACAGAAAAGGCUAAUGGCGGAAUCGGUAGAAUUCAACAUAUGUUAUUAUCGGAUAUUACUAAAACAAUAUCGCGCGAUUAUGGAGUUCUUUUGAAAAGUGACGGAAUAGCACUUCGUGGUUUAUUUUUAAUUGAUAAGGAAGGAAUUUUAAGACAUAAGCUUGUGAAUGAUUUACCCUUAGGACGUUCUUCCACUGAACUUUUACGUAUGGUAGACUCUUUACAACAAUUUGAAGAAGUCGGAGAAGUUUGUCCUGCCAAUUGGAAAAAAGGUGCUCCAACUAUGAAGCCAACACAAGAAGGUGUUCAAGUAUACCUCUCAAGAAAUUAAUAAAGUUCUUUUACUUUUUGUAUAAUAAAAUUAAAAUGUUCAAUGAAAUUUUUUUUAGUAUAAAUUAGUGCUAGUUUAUACUUCAAUUUAACGAAAACUUACAUAAGGAUUUGAGUUAAAAAAGAAUUUAUAGAAAGUGAGAAAAAAUUCUUAAUUUUAAUAUUAAUUUUU